AUGAAGGUGUUAGCAAAAACUCGGACUCCAGGAAUCAACAGGAUACAAAUUGAUGUCAUAAAAUGCAAAGCAGCUGUUCUUUGGGAGUUAAAUAAACCCAUUUCUAUUGAGGAAGUGGAGGUUGCACCCCCGAAGAGCAGUGAAGUUCGUAUUAAGGUGGUAGCAACGGGAAUCUGUUCCACUGAUGAUCAUGUGAUCAAUGGACAUUUGAUCAUGCCGCUUCCGAUAAUCAUAGGCCAUGAAGCAGGUGGCAUAGUGGAGAGCACUGGAGAAGGGGUGACAACAGUUAAACCAGGUGAUAAAGUGAUCGUACUCCCUGUUCCCCAAUGUGGAAAAUGUGCAGCGUGUAAACACCCUGAAAGCAAUUUCUGCUCAAAACUUGAUCUGAUCACACCUAAAGGGACCUUGCUAGAUGGCACUACCAGAUUCAUCUGCAGAGGGAAGCCCAUCCACCAUGUUUUCCGCACAAGCACUUUCACUGAGUAUACAGUGGUCGAUGAAAUCUCGGUCGUCAAGAUCAAUGAAGCUGCACCUCUGGAGAAAGUCUGUCUCAUGAGCUGUGCAUUUUCUACUGGGUAUGGAUCAGCCCUCAAUGUUGCCAAGGUAGUCACCAAGGGCUCCACCUGUGCUGUGUUUGGCCUUGGAGGGGUUGGCCUGUGUGUAAUCAUGGGCUGUAAGGCUGCUGGAGCAGCCAGGAUCAUUGGCGUGGAUAUCAACAAAGACAAAUUUGCAAAGGCCAAAGAGGUGGGGGCCACCGAGUGCAUCAACCCCCAGGACUUCAAGAAACCCAUCCAUGAGGUGCUGACGGAAAUGACUGGUGGAGGGGUGGACUUUUCCUUCGAAGCCGUUGGUCAUCUUGAUACAAUGGUGUCUGCAGUGUCGUGCUGUCAUAAAGCGUAUGGUGUAAGUGUCCUUAUAGGAGCCCCUCCUGCUACAAAAAACCUCAAGAUAAACCCUAUGUUGCUAUUGACUGGACGCACCUGGAAAGGAGCAGUUUUUGGUGGUUACAAAGGUAAAGAUUCUAUCCCAAAACUAGUAGCUGACUUCAUGGCCAAAAAGUUUCCAUUGGAAUCAAUAAUAACCCAUGUUUUACCUUUUGAAAAAAUAACAGAAGGGUUAGAGCUUCUUCGCUCAGGAAAGAGUAUUCGCACGAUCCUGACAUUUUGA